AUGGCCGUAGUUUGUGUUGUCUGGGCAGAUGUGGAAGGUGCACCCACAGAUGGUAAAAAUCAGCUAGUUGGAGACAUGUUAUGCCUCGGUGGAUCACUGCUUUACGCCUUAGUUACUGUGCUACAAGAAAUAAUGCUCAAGACCCAGUCCUGCUCUGAAUAUCUUGCAUUUCUAGGCCUAAUAGGAGGCACACACGCCUGUCUUCAAACAUUUUUUCUAGACUUCAAUGAUUUAGUAACAUUUUAUUGGUAUGAAGUGGAGACUAUAUUCCAAUUGGGAAGUUAUUGUUGCAUACAGACAAUCUUUCAGAUAUUACAAAGUUUUAUGUUGAGAGAUGCUGGCUCAAUAAUGUUGCAUUUAUCCUUCUUGUCGGCAGAUUAUUAUACACUUAUUGCGGGGAUGUUUAUAUUUCAAUUUAAGUUUCACGCGCUGUAUUUCCUCUCGUAUCUUCUGGCGAUGGUGGGCGUUUUCCUCUUCAGUUCGCGUGCGACUAGCGUACCUCCGGUACCAGCUUUACUGCCGCAGCUAGUUAAUGAUACUGUUCACUCGCAGGACAACGUUUCUAUGGAAUAUGCAGUCCCAACCCUUGAUUGCAUUCCACUGUCAGAAGGACUUGAACCGCCCAUGAGUAGAGAUACAACAUUCACAUCCUUCCUUGGAGGAACUCAAAAUAACAUGUCCAACGGAACUGUAACAUUCGCUUUGAGCAGUGGACAAAAUGGUAAAGAUUAA